AGGAAGGAGACCGGCGAGCAACAAAACCACGCUACAAUAUACACGCUAAAUCAUUCACGAUUCGCGUUGCGUCGCGUUAACUAUACGGUGUUUGUAGAUUUCUUUUAAAGAGUGUAAGAAAUGGAUGUAGUGCGGGAUAAUUCCGACCUGGAAAUCUUCUCAGCUACGCCAAUCAAAACGAUCGACUACAAUUUGACAGAUUUUCCAAUAUUUUCAGUCAGCAAUGACGAGGGAGCCGAAGUGACAGCGCUCAGCGACCCGGUUUACGAACAGUUCUUAGCUGAUGUGUGGGUGGGAAUAGUGCUGACUUUGAUGGUGCUUAGCUGCGCUUGUUUUAUGUGUUCCUGUUUGGUUUAUCACAAGUUACAGGAGUGGAAGCUUAGAAAUAUUGAAGCAAGAAAUGCUUCUAACGUAGAAUCGGGCCAGCCAGAAGCAGAUCUGCCAUCUUACACUAUAGCCUCCGGUCUACCCACAUACGAAGAAGCCCUAGAACAGUUAAAAACAGUAAAAAACAUUUGCGAACCCUCGCAAAAACCUAAAACUACUACAGAUCCAAAUACCACCCCUGUUAGCGAAACCAGCAGUUUAUCAGUGUUCAAUUUAUUUGGCCUGUAUAACAGCAGAGGGAAUAGCGAGGGACAGAGUAGCAGUACGAAACCUUGUUGAACUUAAGUAUUUUUUUUGACGAGUACUGACAAAAGUGUUCCUAAAGGGUGAUGAGGGCAGAUGAUAGAUGAUAACACAAAGAAAUAGUAGUUAUUUAACCAGAAGGUGCAAUAGGCAGGCAAUUAUGGAGUAUUUAAGUUAAUAAUGUCAAUGAGAACACGUUUGGUGCGCUCGUUAGUUACUAUAUUUGUCUUGUUCAUGGUGGUCUGUAUACAUAUGUGUAAAUCAAGUAAUUUAUACUCCCUAAACUAUACAUGAGUACUGUUUUAUUAUUUUACUUAUAUUUUGUUGUAUUAAAAAUGGCUGUGUUAGCAAUAAGAUAAUAUGUAAUAAAAUGACGUAUAAAUAAGCUUUAAAAUAAAAAUACCUUGAUAAAAAUCUAUUGUAGAACCUGACAUUGAAUAAAUCAUAUAAAAUAAAA